CACCUGCUUCUUUAUUCCCAUCAUUCGUUUUUGCUUCCUUUUGCUGCAGUUGGAAUUGCAUCACCUCUUGUGCAGGGAAAUGUCAUUUGGCCUGAUCGCGAUUGACCGUUGACAAUCCAGGCCUCCCUUCCGUCGCUGAUCUUCAUGUGAAGGACCCUGCUUCUUGGCUUACCUACCAUAACCUUCAUUGCAUAGCUUCACUCUAUACACUCUGAGUUUCUGUCAUACACUCCGAUCCUUUCCUACGUUCUUGUCCACUCGUUUCCGCCGGUCUCCGGCCAUCCCAAGAUGCGCUCCGCAGCCAAAUUUUUCUAUCUGGCGGUAUUUGCCCUGUCGAGGCUUUCCAAUGCCGAGACUGGGCUGCACCAUAACCAGGACAAGUGUGCGAUUGACCCCACUGCCAUGGUGUCUGACGCUUGCGUCUCCUACGCCACCAUCGAUCAUCUGAACGAUCAAGUCUACACCCUCCUCCAAUCCAUUACGCAAGAUACCGAUUUCUUUUCGUACUACCGUCUGAACCUCUUCAACAAAGUCUGUCCGUUCUGGAACGAUGCGAAUAGCAUGUGCGGGAACAUCGCAUGCUCCGUCAACACAAUCGAGUCAGAGGACGACAUCCCGUUAACAUGGCGCGCGGAGGAGCUUAGUAAACUCGAGGGACCUAAAGCAGGCCAUCCGGGCCGCAAUCAGCGAAAGGAGCGACCUCUUAAUCGACCGCUCCAGGGAAUGUUAGGUGAAAAUGUCAAAGAGAGUUGUGUGGUGGAGUAUGAUGAUGAAUGUGACGAACGGGACUACUGUGUUCCCGAAGAUGAGGGUGCUAGCGGCAAGGGAGACUAUGUCAGUCUCGUUGAUAAUCCAGAGCGGUUCACGGGGUACGCCGGUAUGGGCGCUCACCAGGUUUGGGACGCAAUCUAUCGGGAGAAUUGCUUCCUCAAACCGGUGCCAGAGCUGUCACCGGUGACCCCUCAGCUGGGUGGUCUUCAAGCGGUCAACGAUUUCCGCCAUGUGCUCCAGCAGGAGCUGAAGCGCCCCGACCUGCUUCCCUUGGACAACGAGUGUCUCGAGAAGCGCGUAUUCCAUCGUCUCAUCAGUGGAAUGCAUGCGUCUAUCUCAACCCACCUUUGCUGGGAUUACCUCAAUCAGACGACGGGGCAAUGGCAUCCCAACCUUCAAUGUUUCAAAGAUCGCCUCCACGAUCACCCCGAGCGCAUCUCGAAUCUGUACUUCAAUUACGCGCUGGUCUCGCGCGCCGUGGCAAAGUUGCAGAAACACCUACACAACUACAACUACUGCGUCAGUGAUCCGAUCCAGGAUGCCAUGACUAGGGAGAAGGUCUCCAAGUUGACCUCGACCUUGGCUGAUCGUCCUCAAAUUUUCGACGAGAACCUCAUGUUCCAGGACCCCAGCGCUGCUGGCUUGAAGGAAGACUUCCGCAACCGAUUUCGCAAUGUCAGUCGCCUGAUGGACUGUGUCGGAUGCGAUAAGUGCCGCCUCUGGGGCAAGCUUCAAGUGAAUGGGUAUGGCACCGCUCUGAAGGUGCUGUUCGAGUACGACGAGACCAAGAAUGGCGAGAACCCGUUGCUGCGCCGGACCGAGCUGGUGGCACUGAUCAACACCCUUGGUCGCAUUUCUCACAGCAUUGCGGCCGUCCGGAGUUUCCACCGGGCCAUGGAUGUGGGCGAUGGGGAGGUCUUCACCAUUCCCGCAAGCAUUGCGUCCAAGGAUCGCAGUGGCAAGAAGAAGACCCGACGACUUCUCAAAGACGGUGGCUCGACCUUCUACUACGAGGAUGGCGAUGAUGACAACUUUGUAUACAUCACCGAGAAGCUUCCGUGGGAGAAGGUCCGAGUACGCCGCGACACGGAUACGGCCUGGGACGACAUGAAGGCCGAGCUCUCUAUGAUCGGGGACAUUCUCGUCUACGUGCUGAAGAGCUGGGUCAAUGCACCGAAGACAUUCUUUGAAAUCGCCGUCCUGGAAAUCGCUCGGGUAUGGAACUACUGGCUGGGUCUGCCUGUGCCACCACGGUCCUGGAGGAUCCAGCUCCCCAAGCGACCCACCCCUCCGACACCCCCAACCCAUGAGGAGCUUUAGACACUAGAAGUUGGGAGACGUGGAAGAUGGCGGUGACUGGGAUUGUAUUGUAUAACUAGCGUCGUGGAGGACUAAUCUUUUUCCGAUCUGUUUGGGCCGGCGUUGUUGACGAUGCCUGUUGGGAAAUCGCAUCUCGGGAGUUCUGGGAGCAUUUAGGCCGCUGUACAUUUCAUUUCAUUUUCCAAGCAAUGGGCCUGAGCAUUUGAUGGUGAUAUAUUACAUUCAGAUAAUUUGGACAGCAAAUAUGAUAUCCCAC